CACAUGUGACGUUCAAGCUGUCAGAUACAGAUGAAACUUGUUUAUAUCAGAACAAAAGCAUUCAGUAUCAGUGCGUUGAACAUUUUCAUCAUUUAUCCUGUGAUAUGACUAAACGUCUUCCUAUAUUUUCUGAAAAUUGCAUAACAAAAGUGUUAAAACAGCUGAUAUAGAUCACUACUUCCUUUUUUCGAUUUUAAAAUUAUUAAUUUAUUACAUAAAUCGUUGACGUAAACUUUAUUAAAAAUGUUUCGUACCGUUCGUUCGAUAUUGAUAAUCUCAAACUGUAAAUCAAGUGGAAUUGGUGUUACAUUGCGAAAAUUAUCAUCACGACCAAAUGUAAAGCCUGUAAGCCAUUGCCUGUUCGAUAUGGAUGGUUUAUUAUUAGAUACGGAAUUUAUUUAUGAGAAUUCAGUUCGUGAAAUCUGUCGUUCAUUUGGAAAGGACUAUCCUUGGGAUGUGCGAAUGAAGGUGAUGGGCACGCAAGAAGAGAAAACAGCUGAAAUUGUCAUUAAUGAUUUAUCGUUGCCAAUAUCAAUAGCAGAGUUUCUGAAGAUACAAGGCGAUUAUGUUCGAAAAGAGUUCACCAGUUUGAAUUUAAUGAAAGGUGCCGAACGUCUCAUUCGACAUUUACAUCAAUCUCAAGUGCCAAUAUGUUUGGCAACGAGCUCAGGUAAGGACAUGGCCGAAGUGAAAAUGUCAAAUUAUCCAGAGUUAUUUGAUUUGUUUGCGCACAAAGUUAUGGGCUCAACCGACGCGGAAGUAAAACAUGGAAAACCAGCUCCAGACAUUUUUCUUGUUGCUGCUAGUCGUUUCAAAGACAAACCCGAUCCGAGCAAAUGCUUAGUCUUCGAAGAUUCACCAAAUGGAGUUCGAGCCGGUCUAUCUGCUGGAAUGCAAACGGUAAUGGUGCCCGAUAAAAAGCUUGUCACUCCCGAACAAACAAAAGAAGCAACCAUCGUAUUGGAUUCGUUGGAAGAUUUUCAACCCGAACUCUUCGGAUUACCGAAAUUUUAAAAUUAAUUGUUUUUCAAUGAAUAGACAAAAUAGCCUUAUGUUACUUAUGUGUUAG